AUGUCUACAUUUGACCAUCCAUGUGGGGUUGAUGCUAGGGCUGAGGAAUGUUGUAUGAACGUGCCGGAUGCGGUUACGGGGGUGAGACCGGGGCUUGCGGUUGAUCCUAGGCUUUGUUACAGGUGUGUUGAGGGUGAGGAAGAGGGUGAGGGUGAGGCCGAUGAUGAAUGUUGUGAUGAGUUGAUGGAGAAGCUCUCGGAGCUUCGGGUUAUGGAGGGGUGGUACAUGGAAUGGAAGGAAUCUGCGAGUGUUACGGAUGAGUUCUUCCGUGAGAACAUCAAGCGGCUGGAGCGGGAGUGCCAGGAGUUGUCAAAGCGUGGAAAGCGUGUAUGA